GUGUGUGGGGGUGAUCGGCCCAGGGUCCACUAGUUCUGGGAGCCGCGCAACACGUUCAUCAUACAACACUCCUGUCGCAUCCUCGCGGCUCGCCGACCUGUGCAGUUGUCCGCCAUGGAGCCCUCGCCGCUGACGCAAGUGUCACGCCCCGAGCUGUUCCAGCCGAAAAUCAUCAGCCUCUACGAAACCCUGUUCCAGGACGAAGAGGAGGAUGUCGAGCUCACCGAGGGCUUCUGGCAGGAGUUCUUCCUGCACCGCCCCGACUCCGCCGGCCUGAAGCGCAUCCUGGGCGCCAUUUCCCCCGACGAGAUGCUGCACCGCCAGGCGCAUUCGCAGCAGCUCUUCCGCCGCGCCAUACAGACGGCCAAGCUAGCCAAACCACCCUCGGACGAGGUCGCGCUGGAGACCUUGACAGUCUUCCUGGACGCCGCCUUGACCAAGAAGUACACAAACCCGAGCUCCGACAUCAUCUCUGUUCUCGCUGGCCUGCACGAUGCGGACGCCGUCAUGACCGACCUCAUUACCAUGCUGGACACGGUGAUACGGACGGGGCGCACACUGCCCCUGCGCCGCAAAGCUGUCAGAGCCACCCUCUCCAUCACCGCAGCGGGCUUCCACACCGCGCUGCCGUCCUACUUCACGCACCGCGACCUCUUCCCGUCGCUCAUGAAAUACGUCCAGGACACCGACGACAGCGCCCAGGUGCUGCCGGCCCUGUACCUGCUCGGCCUGCUCGCCAACUACAACAAAUUCGAGUUCCAGAACCCGUAUCGGCUGCGCCUGGACGACUUCGUCAACGACGGCAUCAUUCGCGACAUGAUCACGUGUUUCGGGUCUACGUGCCAAGAUAUUAGAGACGCCUACGUCGCGAUCCAGGACGAUGUGCCGGAGGCCUGGUCGCUGGGGUCGACGCUGCGGACAAUAGGCUUGGGUGUACUUGCGCCAGGAUCGCGGCCGACAACGCCGACCCCGAAUCCUGACGAGUCCAAAUCGCUCUUUGCGACGCUGCCGGGGCCGGAGAUCGGCGUGUUACUGUCAACGUAUGAUUUCGUCAAUGCGAACAAGGUUUUUUGCUUCACCCUCACAUCGUUGCCGGCCGCUACUAAGGGUGCUACGUCGCCGUUCAGCGCCUAUCUGUCGAUGACGUCGUAUCUGCUUCAACAUGCACACCGGUCGACAAGAUCUGCGUUGUAUACGCACCUCUGUUUGUUCAUUCUGCAGAUAUUAGUGGAAGACAAGGAGAUUUUGAAGCGCUUAUGCAAUGAUGAUAGCAAGAUGCCCGUUCGCCUGUGCCGUCAACGGCAGCCCUUCCUACCGCAAGUCGCAGGCGAUCGAGUACCUGCCGCCGUCAUCCUAGAUCUCAUGAUCGACGGCAUCAACCACAACCUGCGGCGCCGGCUCGACGUCGACUUCUACAUUCUCUCCCUUGGCAUCCUGCUCCGCCUGCUCUCCUACCUCAGCCGCACCAAAACCCGCCUCGCCUACCACUGGUCCGAACUCUGGCGCACCCUCCUCUCCUUCCUGCGCUUCCUCACCCAGUACGAAAGCGACAUCAACUCGCACCCCAAAUCGCGCACCAUGAUCAGCUCCCUCGUCGCAGUCCUCGCCCACGCCGUCUCCAGCGGCGAAACCUUCCUGCCCGACUCCGCCGCCUACGACGACUUGUUCUACAAGCUCGUCGAGACGGGCGCGGUGCUGACACGCUUCCGCGACGCGUACGCGCUGGGGUCCUCGGGCGCGCUGCAGAUGCUGGUCAAUGUCGCGCAGCACUAUCACGACUUGCUGACGGAUGGCAAGAAGGGGCGGCAUUUCAGCCCGGAGGAGGUCAGCGGCGUGAUCAAGCAGGGGUACGAGACGUUGGAGAUCGAGGCGGGGGAGGGGUUGGAUGCGUGGGAGCGGUGGCGCGAGGCGGAUUGCAAGGCGGUGUUGAAGAGGGUGGCGCGGGUGGUGGUCGAGGAUGCGAAGGCGUUGAAUGAAGAGCGUUGAGCGCGGCGUGGCUCGUUACUGCUUGCUGGUCCUGCGGUGAUGCUUGCCGUGGUGGUUGUUUGGGUCGAUGCGCGCCUGCCUCGAGGGCGUUGUUGUGAGCUCGCCUCGUCAUGCGAGUAACCUACUUUACCGUCUCGCUCACGUUUCCCUUCUUCUUCGCACCAGACAUCUCACCAGAUACCAGACGUUACCACAUAUCACAUAUCACAUCCAACAUCCAACAUCCAACAUCCCUCACUACCAACUCCCACUACCAACUCUCACUAUCAA